GUCGACGGGUUGCCGCGUCAGUCGAGAAGCAGCGUAUGCUCGCGCUUGGACUUCAGUGUCGGAGCAACUGGUCCACGUCGUAAAGUCGCGGCAAAAAAGCACGCCAAAGGAAUGUAAUCUCCGUACGAAUGACUGAUUUUCUACCCGUGUUCGACGCGCUUCAAUUCAGAAUCUAUUCUAUUACUCUUGUAAUCACGAGACAAGCGCGUAUUGGCAUCUAUUGAAACGCCUGAGGAGGCCGAAGACCAGCUUCUGUAAUCGAUGGGUUGAGAACGCGAAAUUCGUGCUUUUCUGCUUUCUUCUCUUCUCGUAACCAAGGUGUAUAGCUUACCGAUGAGCCAUGCUGAAGGUAGUAGGAGCCUCCUGGCUGCAGACACGCAUCUCCACUUACAUCCUAAUCGCCGUAGCUUUACUAGGAGUUGGGGCCAUAAUUCUCGGUGAAUUCGGACAUGUCGAACAAGAUGGAAUCUAUUCAGCCACCGUAUUAUGGAACCAUAAAGGAGGAUAUCGUAUUGAGUUUUGGGGCCAAGGCAAUGAUCUAACUGCUAUACCAUUGCAUGCAGCUCGAGCCUAUUAUAAAACUGAAAUUUUCGAGCACGGAUGGUCCUAUAUUGAAAUAGAAACAUCAUCAAAAUACCCAGAUACUGUGCAAGCUUAUGCCGCCGGACUGUUGGAAGGUAGUCUAACUUGGCAAUUAAUUCAUCAUCAUUGGUUCAACACUAUAAAGCCAAAAUGCGAAACAAAACCCGUUGAGUGCCGAAAGCUAAUGCGAUAUCUUCGAGACAACGCUGCCGUCAUUCGUGAACGUGCUGAAUUGAUGGAAUCUACUGAUCCUUUUUGGCAUAUGGUACGAUUAUUUUAUGCUCAAUUAGAUGGUUUGGAAGCUGGUUGGAAAUUUGCUGUACGUCGGAGUCGUGUGUCGGUAUCAUUGGAAUCUGACGAUUUCCUUUGGCUCGCCUUGACUUCCGAUUUAUCUGGUUUCCAACAAAUAUUCAAUAUUUCCAAUUCCGUAGUAAGUUCUAUGAUCCACUUCAAAUUUCUUGCAAGAGACAAUUCGGAACCUCUAGUUGCAAUCAAUCAACAUACAUCAGCACCAUACACUCAAAUGUUAAGACUCUUAAAAAAAUACACAUUUGGCUAUCACGUGUUACCUACAACAAAAACUGAUGCAUUAAUUCCGGGUCGAUCAAUUGUAUUGUCGUCAUAUCCUGGAGCAUUAUCGUCCCGCGAUGAAUUCUAUUUAAUAAAUGGAGAAAAUCAUGAAAUGAUUAUUACUGGAACAUCUUUAUUAGCAACGAAUCAGAAUAAGUGGAGCUUUUUGUAUCCAAAAGAUCAUGUAAUGCUAACUGUAAGGUUAAUGGCAGCAAAUCGACUAGCAACGAACAGUCAAUCUUGGUUUGACACUAUAUCUCAUCAAAAUGGUGGAGCUUCUGCAUUGCAAUGGAUCAGUUUUGAGCCACGUUCCAUGACUGUAUUAUUAAUGGAACAACUACCACGCAUCACCGUUGCUAUGAAUUACACCGAGAAGUUUAAGAAAAUCGGCUUCAUAUCGUAUAUUGGUAUAUCGAAUUUUCAAAACAUCAACGACAUCGUACGGCCUGCCAAGAAGGAUGUAGAUCUUUUGAAAACCCGUUUAACGCGUUUACAAGAGAAUAUCACUACGUUCGAGCAAUUUCGAAACUUGAUGCGUGGAUGCAGCCAGGAAGGUUGCACUUCCGAGGAACAAAAUUCAAAAACAAAUCAGUUGCGGGAAUUGACGUAUCGUGGAGAUUUGGAGGAUAUACCUGUACCGUAUGGUAUUAUAGAUACGAAGAUUUUAGCAAUUUGUGCGGAUGGUCUCAAAAGCUUUGAAGCUACUUCCGGACCAUCUACAUCACAAUCGCGAACACCAUUCCAAUGGUCGAAAAGCUUCCCCAAUAUUUCGCAUGUAGGUCACCCGGACUCUUUCGAAUUUAAAGGCGUUACUCCAAGAUGGGUUUGGGCCUAAUUAAUUUUAUUAAAAUUUUGCUUAAUACUAACUUACUUUUUAAAAACAUUUUCAAGCAUUUUUAAGAAAAUGAAGACGAUUUCCCGUCAAUUCCUCGCAGUUUGAUUUUUAUUCUUCUUAGGCAAAAUUUUUAAUUAUAGUAUUUAAAUAUUUUAUAGCUGGCUCAUAUGUUAGCCGCCUAUGGUUAAAUUUUAGGAAAUAAAAUAAAAUAAAAACAUAAGAAUUUA